AUGUUUGCCUUCACCCCCACUCCUGUCCACACCUCACCCUUCGCUCGUCGUGCACCUGCGCCCGCUCUCUUCUCAGACCUUGACUUGAUCGACGUUGUGGCCGAGCGAGCGGCGCAGGAUUAUGCAGCUGCAGCCGCCCGUGUCCAGGCCAUUGAACGCCAGCGCGAACAGGCCCAGCACCAACGCUACCUCCAGGAGGCGUCUCGUCGCCAGGCAGCUCUGGACAAGUACUACCGCGACCAGUCACGGCUUAUCGCCACCUCUGUUCAAGCAUACGCUGCACCGCGCCCCACAUCCACAUUCACCAUCGAAGAACUCGCGCUCGGCGUUCGACGGGAGGAGGAGCGCCGUAGGGUGCUCCUUGCUCGCCAGCGCGAGGCCCAACAAGCUCGCGCCCGUGCGGAAGCUCGUCAGCGUCAAGAGGCGGAACAGAGCCUGCGCCAAGCCCAGCAGGCGAAGGCGCAGGAGGCCGUCCUCGCUAUCCUUGGCCUGACCAAUGCUGUCUCUCAAGCCGCGGUCCCCGCCCAGCAGUCUCGCGUCCCCGCCUACUACAGGCAACGCGUACCCCUCCCAUUGCGCGCGCCUCAGCCCCCAGCGCCCGCGGAGGCUCACCAGAAUGACCUCGGUGUUGCCGAGGACGACCUCUACGCUGCGCUCCAAGGAUACCUCUCUCAGCUCGCUGCACCUUCUGAGCCGUCCAAGCCGGUGGACGUCAAGGGCAAGGGCAAGGCCGUCGACGCCCCUACUCCUAUUGCUGCGCCCUCCCCCGCUCCCCAGCAGCCCCAGCACGUCCCCUCGUUCAAGGAGGAGCUCGAGGCACGCAUGCGCACUGAGACCGACCCCGAGGUUCAGGAAGCACUUGUCAAACUUUACUCUGAUAUCUUCGACGUCUUCCACACGCGCGAGGCACAGCCCAUCGCGGGCCCUUCCACCUCCGCGCGCCCCUCAUCGUCGGCCCCGGAACCCCGGACUAAGCCUAUUGAGCCCGCGCCCGAGCCCGCUAAGCCCACAAACACUGAGGGCGCGGGCCUGCACCGCACCCACGCGCUCCCGCCCGCAGUCGCCGAGAAGCUCCUCGCGUUCUACCACGCCCGCCGCGCACGCAAGCUCUCGCUCACGCAGAUCGCCGCCGUCGAGGACGCACUGCGCAACCUUCAGUCCACCUUCGAGUUCCCCGCACAGCUCGACUUCGUCAACCCCCUUCCCUCCGAGGAGCCGGGCGCGCUCGCGUACACCCCCAACAACACGCCCGUGCACUCGUAUGAGCACGCGCUGAACGGGCUGCUCACGCAACUGGACGCGGUGGAGAGCAACGGGGACCUGGCGGUGCGUGGGCGCCGCAAGGAGGUCGUGCGCGAGGUCGAGCGUGCGCUGGAGGCAGUUGAACGGAGGGUUGAGGAGAGCCGGGAGCGUGAGCGCGAGAGGAGCCGGGAGAGGAGGAGGAGCGCGGCUUCUUCCCCUGCGCCCUCUGUGGCUGCGUCCGACGCGGAGACUGUUCGGCCCAACGCGGUCAAGCCCGAAGCAACCGUCGAGAUAACCCCUGCACCCGCGGCGGUCGACGAAGCUCCGGUUGCCGAUGCCGUCUCUGUCACUGUUGCCGACAUACCGUCAUCCGACGACGUCGCGACCUCCGCUCCAGUUGAUGUUUCUUCUGCUUCCCCUGCCCCUGCCCUCGAUGCCUCGGUUGUCGCUGAGGCCGGCGUUGUUGCUGAGGCUUCUUCGGACAUCCCUUCAUCUGCAUCGGACUCUGAGCCCUCCCCGGUCUCUGUCGAUGUUCUGGACGCACCAGAAGCAGACACCGUUGAACUAGUCGACGUGACCCCCUCUGCAGCCUCCGAAUCCAGCUCAGAAAUCCCCACCGCGGACUCCGGUGUCGACGUCCCUGUCGUCGAACCCUCGGUUCCCGCGACCACCCCUACCCCUCCAUCCAUCGACCCCCUUAUCGUCGACGCUACUGGAUCCGCGGACAGCGCGACAAUCGACAAUACUCCUGAGUCCCCCUCUCCCGUUGCGCCCUCGGAAUCCUCCGCCGCGACCUUCACCACCGCUCCUUCCACAUUCCCCCCUACUGCCGUCCCCACGCCCGAGGCUAUCACUCGCGCCACGUCCUCCACCACCGACGCCACCUUCAUCACUGCUGACUCCGACUCUGCUUCCCCCUCUCCCUCCGACGCUGUCCCCGAGCCCAUGACGCGCACGCCCUCCGUCGCCGGGGACACGUUCUUGCUCUCCUCAACGCCCCUCGCUGACGCGCCUAAGCGGAAGCAGCAUCAGGCGAGGGUGGAUGACGACGAGCCGGAGAUGAUCAGCAAGGAGGACGCGGAGGCGAAGAGCGAUAGCGAGUGGUCGGACGUGGACGCCGCUUAGACAGGCUCAUACCACUCUCUCCAGUUUCUACUCUUAUAGACAUUGUAUCCGGAUUUCGAUUUGGUCUCUCUGUAUAUCACUGUAACAUUAUAAUGUGCCACAAUAAAGUUAUUCCUCAC